AUGUUCCCGUUAAGACGAGUUGGCAGUAAGAUUUUAAAACAAUGGCGAACUCCCGCAGCCGCUGUUUCGCAAACGCAAAAGAAUUUCAGCUCAGAAGCUCCGAGACCACUUUCUGUAUUGACAGAGGAUGAACUAGCCAUGAAGGAUACAAUAAGGAAACUAGCCACGGAACAAAUAGCACCAUUAGUUAAAAAAAUGGAAGACGAACACAAAAUUGACGAAACCGUUAGACAAAUGCUGUUCGAUAAUGGGUUAAUGGGCAUUGAAACGCCAGUGGAGUAUAGCGGCUCAGGUUGUGGUUUCCUCACGAUGAUGUUAGUGGUUGAAGAACUAUCGAAGGUUGAUCCAGCCGUGGCCGCCUACGUUGACAUUCACAACACACUAGUGAACUCGCUGUUCAUGAAAUUGGGCACCGAAGAACAGAAGAAGAAGUAUUUGACUAACCUCUGCACUAAAUAUGCUGGCAGUUUUUGUCUGACUGAACCUACAUCAGGUUCUGACGCCUUCUCCCUCAAAACCGUCGCGAAGAAGGACGGCAAGGAUUUUGUCAUUAAUGGAUCCAAAAUGUGGAUAUCAAAUUCAGAUGUCGCCGGAGUAUUUCUAGUCAUGGCGAAUGCUGAUCCCUCAAAAGGCUACAAAGGCAUAACAUGCUUCAUAGUAGAACGGGAGACUCCUGGUUUAAGUGUAGCGAAGCCGGAGAACAAACUUGGUAUCAGAGCGUCCGGUACAUGUAUGGUGCACUUCGAUAACGUCAGAGUACCAGAAGAAAAUAUCUUGGGAGAAUAUGGACACGGAUAUAAAUACGCGGCGGGUUUCUUAAACGAGGGCCGUAUUGGUAUCGCAUCACAAAUGAUCGGUCUCAGUCAAGGCUGUAUGGACGCGACUAUACCUUACACACUCGAGAGGAAACAGUUUGGAAAGAAGAUAUACGACUUCCAGGGUAUCAGCUACCAGAUCGCACAUCUUCAGACUCAGCUUGAGGCAGCUCGUCUCCUUACAUACAAUGCUGCCAGGCUCAAGGAAAACGGAAUGGACUUCGUCAAAGAAGCCGCUAUGGCUAAAUACUUUGCUUCAGAAAUCGCCCAAACCCUAACAUCAAAAUGCAUAGACUUUAUGGGAGGUGUCGGCUUCACUCGUGAUUUCCCUCAAGAGAAGUUCUUCAGGGACGCAAAGAUCGGUACAAUCUACGAAGGCACCAGUAACAUGCAGCUACAAACUAUAGCCAAACUCAUUGAAAGAGAGUAUAAACAAUAA